AUGGUGCGCGCGUUCCUGGGCCUCGCGCUGGUCGUCGCGCGCCUCGCGGCGGCCUACCCGCGGACCUGCGCGACGGCGCGGACCCGGGGCCUGAGCUGCGCGGACCACAACGUGACGACGCGCGACGGCUACGUCCUCGAGACGCACACGGUCUGGAACGCGCGCGUCGCGUCGCCCGCCCGCGUCGUCGUGCUCCAGCACGGGCUCAUCGAUUCGUCGGAGACCUGGGUCGCCAACUACGGCGGCGAGAGCCUCGCCCGCCAGCUCGCGGACGACGGCUGGCUGGUCUACCUCGCGAACUCGCGCGGCCGCCCGCCGUACCGCCACGCGACGCUCGGCCCCGACGACGCCGCGUUCUGGGCCUUCUCCUGGGACGAGAUGGCGGCGCUGGAC